AUUAAAACAAUGUCAUUUCCUGAAGAAGUCUCAGUUCCUAGCCUUUAGCUUUAGCAUCAAUAGCUCUGAAGAACGGGAUCAGUUGAUGUGAUAAUAUUAGCCUCAAAGUAUAAAAAUGAAUGACCAGGAUUCAUUUGAUAAUAUUGACCAGCUCCUCUUUCACCUCGCUCUUCAAACUCGGGAGCUAUCUCAAAAGAAGAAUGAAAUUAACCAACAGAUUAAAGUUUCCAGAACCAACAUUGCUGAGAAGAAGUCUUACAUUGAAGCAAUCAACAGAAAUAUUGAGCAACUUGAAGAGGAAAUCAGUGUGAAACAGAGCACUGUAACACGUAAUAAAGCAAAUGCAAAAAGGAUGAAGGCGACUAACGGCCUGCUUCUUCAAUAUGAGCAGACGUUGAAAGCAGAACUGGAGAAAAGAAAAGCCAACUACAACCAUGACACGGAAGUCUUUCAAGAAAGGAUUGCAAGCUACAGAAAGAUUUUCCAGGAGCAUAAAGAAUAUUAUUUACAAAACCCUCUUGCUGAAAAGCUCCUCGUGCUGAAGGCUGAAAAAGAGGAAAUUGAAUGUAGGAUCAAAGCUUGGGAUGAACAAAUAACAAUGAAGCAGAAGGAGCUGGACCAUCUUACUGGUCCAGUAGUUACUUCAUUUUCCACCGAGAAACUGCCAGAUAGUGCUUUUGGCUUGCAGCCUGUAACAGAACAAGAGAAUGGAUUUGAUCAUCAGACAGCCAGGGACAGAGAGCCUUCCAUUGACAUAUCCUCUCUGCAUCUCAAUCAGACAACGAGUGGUCAUAAAACAUCUGAUGAAGAGGUAAAUGCUGAAGAGAUCCAUGAGGAAAACAUCCAGGAUUUACCCACCUGUAGUACUUCUCCAGAGAAAGGAAGUAAGGAGCUGUGGUCCAGUCAACAGUUUUGUGACCGGAAUCAGCCAGUGGACAUGCACACUGAGGAGCAGAAAGAGGAGACUUCACAAGAACAUCAGGAGAAGCUGCCCAGAGUUUUCUAUGCAGAGGAGAUUUUUGAGAGUGAGAUGGAGAAGGGAGCAGCUACACAUGAAGAGCAGCCACCACGCGACAAGGACGAUGAGGAACUCGCUACUUCUUCUCAGCCUCCAUCUCAGGAGACUGAUCCUCAGUCAAAAAUUACAAUUGCGUCUUCAACCCCGACAUUCUCAUUUAACUUUAGCCCAGCCAGCUCCAAAGAUCAAGGGAGCUCUGAGACCAAAUCUCCAGCUUUCUUGUUCUCUCUGAACUCUGAUCCCAACACACCAGGCUUUCCUGGAUUUGGAUUUGAUGUGGGCUCAUCACAGGAGGAGGACUUUUUCGGUUUCACUGGAUCUUUGUUCACUGAGAAGAAUACCGCUGAAUCUAAAUCUUCAAGCAGCCCUCAAUUCCUGUUUGACCAACCAGAGACAUGCGAGGACUUCCAGUUUGCUUUUGCCACCAAGAGCCCUCAAUCAGCUAAAAAAGAAAAUAGUGGAAAUGAUUUUCCAUUUUCAUUCAAUUUCUAAGAGCUGUAAAAGUGUUUUCAAGUUAAGUUCUUCCAUCUUCAUUUUCACACUAAUCUUCUUAUGUUGUGACAUUAGCAGGAGCUGAAAUAGCAACACAUUUUUUGCUCUGUUGAGCGGUCAUUAUUAAUUUGCAGGUUUAACCUAAAGUGAAAAUUCAAACAACAAUUAACUGAUUUCUAAUAGAGUUCAAUAGAAUUUUAUUUAAGACAGAUAUAGAGACAAUAAUACACACGUAAGUUCAUAUUCCUUUACAGAUUUCAUUGUUCAUGUGAAAUAGUUUUUUGUGAAGUUUAGUUUGUUUACAGGUGUCUGUUCAUAUUUUGCUGUUUGCUGUUCAGUUUAAAAGGCAGAAGCAGUUUUCAGUCGAACAGUAUUAAAAAAAACCAAACGAAGACACUUAACUGGCCAUUUCAGGUCACAUUCAGACAUUUCAUGUGUUAAAUAAGAUUAUAUAAGAGUAUCUCAAUAAACAUUUAGUAGCUCUUAUUUAUAGCUAAUAAAAUAUUAAUAAAACUCUGUAAUAAAACUGUUAAAAAGAUUCCUUUAUCAUAUGA